AGUUAGUGGCUGCCCCGGCUUCAGGCACUUGGUUUCCCGCGUGGGACCGGCGGCCUUUGCUACUUCUCUUUUGUUAUAUUCAUGUUCUGAGAAGGGUGUGCAAAGGAACUAUGGAUCCUACAGCGUUGGUGGAAGCUGUUGUGGAAGAAGUAGUCUAUCCUAUCUGCGUGACCUUCCUGAGGGACCCUGUGAGCAUCGACUGUGACCACAGCUUCUGCCACAGCUGUCUCUCCAGACUCUGGGAGGUCCUGGGAGAAUCCAAGAACUGGGCUUACACCUGUCCCCUCUGUCGAGCUCCUGUCCAGCCAAUGAACCUGAGGCCUAAUUGGCAACUGGCCAAUAUGAUAGAAAAAGUCCGUCUAUUAAGGCUACAUCCAGGAAUGUGGCUGAAGAGUGAUGUGUGUGAACACCAUGAGCAACAGCUAAAGGUGUUCUGCAAAGAGGAUGGCCUGGUGAUGUGUGAGGCCUGCAGCCAAUCCCCAGAGCAUGAGGCCCACAGUAUCGUGCCUGUGCAGGAUGUUGCCUGGGAGUAUAAGUGGAAACUCCAUGAGGCUCUUGAACAUCUUAGGAAAGAGCAAGAAGAGGCCUGGAAGCUGGAAGUUUGUGAGAGGAAAUGAACGGACAACUGGAAGGCAGGUGCCUCCUGGGGAAAGGAGUCUGUCGUCCCUGUAUGGUGUUGGAUCUGGCCCCUGAUAGCUUCCUCAUCUCUGUGAGGCAGAUGUGGGGCCCAGGGUUCCAACACCAGCUUUCCCUUCACUAGAUGUGUGACCUUAGGCAGGCCACAUAACCUCUCAAUUCCAGUUUUUUGAUUUUUUCUGAUCUGUGUCUUCAUAUGUCUGAAAGGAAAAGUACAUGUCUCAUGUAUGUGUUAGCUCACAGUAGCAUGACUUAUAUGCUUAAUAAAGCAGAAUUUCUGUUUCACUUUCUCCACUUAAAGCAUAUUUGCUAAGAGUUCAGUUAAUAAAAUAUGGGAAAAUCAAACCAAAAGAACACUACUCAUAUCCAAAGCUGAGUGCUCUGCUGAGACCACUCAGGAAUGCUUCCCCGAGGUUUGCUGCAACUGAGCAACCUAUAUAUGACCCUUGCUGUCUGACUCCUUGACUAGAGAAAUACAGUGUGGCGGAGAAUACAGGACCUGCCUAGACCACCCCAUUGUCAUCCCCUCUCCGAGCAUGAGCUGGGAAGGUCACCAUCUUUCAGGCUCUUAAAGAGGCCAGUGUCCUAGUCCUACCCUUUUCUGUAAUUGGAAGGAUCAGAAAACCUGAGAACCUUAUUUUUUUAUUUUCACUUUAUGGAUGAGGAAACAAAUGGCUUUAAUGAAGCAAGUUGUUUCUUACAAGGCUGUUGAAGACAAGAUUAUAAAAAUUAUAAAUUGUUUUUCACAUUCAAAUGAAAUUAGAUUGACAAACUCCCUUCUCAGGUCACGUGUCUUCACAUCAUUUAUUCAUUGGGGUCUGAAACAUCUCACAUGUUCAAAAUGUUUUACGUGUUCUCUUUGCAAAAAAGGGUGUAAUUCAGCAUAAAACCACAUAUUCUACCACAUAGGAUUGUUGUACAGAUCCGAGAUCUUAUCCCAUGCUUUUCUUCCUUUCUCAGGGAUACAGGAAGGCAGGCCAUGGGUUUUGCCUGUGGUAACCUACCUAUCAUACUGUGUUAUGCCCAGCAUCUUUACGACAGUGCCUUUGUCUCUUAGGGCCUCUCCUGGCAGUCUACAGCCCUGUAGACAGAAAGGUGCCCAUGCCAGCAGCACUCUGUCGGCCUCAGUAGAAUAUUAUCCAUUGGAUUACAUGAGUUUGGUUUUGGAUUAGAACACAACUAUGAUCUCAGAGUAGUAGAUGGGGAUAAAAAAAAGGAAAAAAAAAAAGGUAAAACAAGUGAACAGGUAGAAAGGCUCAUGCACUAAGUUAGGCUAAAAUUGGAUCUUUUGAUGGUACCAGGAGAAUCUUCCUGGUUCUGGAAACUAUAAAAUAUUCACCCUGCCUUUCUGUUCUCUGAAUCUAUGCCAGAAGGAGGAAUGGAAGAGAAAGUGUGGGGAGAAAGAAUGGGUCUGGGCCCCCAAAAAAAAAAAAAAAACUAGUUUGGGAACCCUAUAUUAUUACAUAAUGAAAGGGAAUUGAGACUUUCUACCUGGACAAUUAACCUUAGAAUGAUUAUUACGUGUGGAAGGGAAGAUUGUACCAAAACAAUUCAUUAAAAGUCUUGAGGGUGUGUGUGAUGUGGAAGUGAUCAUGGCUGGAAAUAAACUAUGAGGCAAGCAUAUGAGAAUUAUUGGCUCUGUUUAUUGAGAGGGGCAACAUUAUGAUGACAUGUGUUGUCACCAUAGUGACAUAACAUAGUUAUGUCAUAAUUAUGUAACAAGCUGUGAUGUAGUACAAGCUUGAAGAUAGUGCUUGUUGGGUUAGGAUGGAGCAACACAAUACAUCUAAGGUUAGCUACAAGCAGAAGCAAAGUAACUUCAAUAGACUAUGAUAAGGAAUAUUAAAAAUUGUGUUUCUACUUUAAUUGUAUUGGCUGUUCGUGUAUAAAGAAGGUGAAACAGGCCAAAAUGGAGAAAUGAACUCAUUCUAACCACCAAGCUUCCAAGUUGCUCCUGCAGCAUUAGCAGUAGAAGGAGAGAAGUUUCUAUCAAUUGCUUGGUGCAGUGAUAUGAUGAGCCACAGACA